AUGGUAUCCGCAUCUCCCAUGGAACAUGUAUUGGCCAAGAGACUGGCCGACAUAGAGGCAGUGAUAAGGCGCAUACCCGGAAUGCCUGUCCCAACAAAAAAGAGUCAACCUCACUACUAUGCCGAUUCACCCUUCGUGGAUGCAAUCGCGUUAGCCGAGAUACCACACAAGUUCACCAUCCCUAACAUGAAACCCUAUGAUGGAACAAUUGACCUAGAUGACCACAUAGCCUCCUACAAGCAACAAAUGUUCGCCCUAUCAAUACCCCAAACACUGAGGGAAGCCUGCAUGUGUAAAAGCUUCGGUUCAAGCCUCUUAGGCCCAACUCUUCAAUGGUACACUAACCUCCCAAACUAUUCGAUCAACUCAUUCGCCCAGCUCAUUGACACCUUCGUUGAACAAUUCGCUAACAGCAAGAAGCUCGAGAAACUAUUGGCAGAUCUGUACAAAGUCUAUCAGAAGAGAGGGGAGCCGCUGAGAGAAUACGUCAGUAGGUUCAACAAAAAAAAAAAAAUCUUCAUCCCCUCCUGUAACCCAGAGACAACAGUAGAUGCCUUCAAGAAGGGUCUCCUUCCGGAUGGAGAACUAUACAAAGACCUGACGAAGCUCGGUUGCACUAUGAUGGAAGACGCAUUAGCCAGAGCUGUAAUUCAAAUAAGGUGGGAGGAAGAUGAAAUGAACCGGAUGAGGCAUGCCAGGUAUGAUGACCGUCUCCAAAGACGGAAUGAUAGAAGGUCAAAGUCCAAAUCGUUUGAGCCCCGUUACUAA